UAGAUCACCAGUUGACAUCCAUGUGCACUGAAGAAGGACACCGCCACUUCCUCCUUCCACCCCAAGAACUCAUUUCUCACCAUGAGGCUGCUAUUCCUUCUUUUUCUUCUUCUCGUGUGUUUUACUCAGACAAUUUCAGGGCGCAAAAGAAAUUUGAAAUAUCAUCUGUGUGAGAGAAUGGGUGGCAUUUGCAAACAUCAGAGGACCCAUGGAUGCUCCAUCCUGCCUGCAGAAUGCAAAAAUCGAUACAAACACUGCUGCAGGCUCUAA